AUGUACGCUCGAUGCAAAUGGCAGUAUGUGACACUGGACGCGACGGGAACGUUGCUGCGUCCCGCGGAGCCUCCCGGUGCGACGUAUCUGCGCUUCUGGGAGGCGGCAUCCGGUCAGUCCUUCUCGUCGUCGCGCCGCGCCGCGUUGGUCGCCGCACUAUCGUCGAACUUCCCGUCCGAGUUCAGUUUACAGUCACGUCGCCGGCCCAACUUCGGGUCGGACGGCACGGCCGGCACUGCGUUCCCGUGGUGGCGCGAACUCGUACUCAACGUGAUGAAACGUGCCGACGUGGCGGACUGCGUUGCUAUCAACGCGGAGCAAAGCGAGCGCUUCACGCGUGAUCUGUACGCGCAUUUCGCCCGUCCAGAGGCCUGGACGGUGUACGAGGACGUGCGGCCGGCACUCGAGAGGCUACAGAGCUUAAACGUGCCUAUGGGUGUCAUCUCGAACUUCGACGAGAGACUAGAGUCGCUUCUGGUCGGCCUGGAGCUCCGAAGCUUCUUCGAAGUGGUCACGACGUCCUUCAGUCAGCCCCAUAUGAAGCCGCAUUCGUCGAUUUUCAUCUCGACUUUCAGACAGAUGCAAAGAGAGGAAGGAGACGUGAAACCAAGCAGGUUUUUGCAUGUAGGAGACCACUUGUCCAAAGACUACAAGGCCGCGAAGGAUGUGGGGGCAAACGCUCUGCUACUAUGCAGAAACAAGCAGAAAGCGCAGCCUACGGACGUGCAGUAUGCCAUCUCGGAAUAUACGUCCAAGUGCGCAAAGGAGAGUUUGAAGACGAUGGAGUCUUCGGAGCUCUGUGUUGCAACGGAAGACGUGGUUCAACUUGUGGGAGAAUUGCGACGAGAUUUUGACGGAACCUGUGUGGCUAUUGCGAGUGAGCUUGCUGUCUGUGAGGACCCCACUCGUUGGCUCGAUCUGCUGGCUGUUCUAAUAUUAAGAGACCAUGCGUUGGACGUGAGAGAACGCCUGGAAAUGGAUUUCCUGCCUCAAGUGGUGCAGAUCCUACUGGGAAAAUCGUUCGAAGUGGCGGUGCAAAAAGUCAACAAGUUUCUCCAGUGGACGCUCGAAAAUGUCAAAAAGGGUCUGAAACGAGGAGAUAUUUCUCAGCUGUCGUGUCUUACCAGGAUUCUGGAUGGACAUCGCAGAUUCUACCUUUACCACGGAACUAGCAAUGAUGCGAGUGGCUUGAAAGAGGUGAAAAUCAAAGAGACUUCAGAUCAGACUCGUCGGUUUACUGCUCGAGAGAGUUCGGAGUACACGUCUCGGUAUUUCCUGCGCAACAUUGAAUAUUGGGGGGAAAUGGACGGAUUUUCCGUUCUUCUUGAUGUUCUACAAGCGGGUGCAUCGUUUGAAGUGUUGCAGUGUGUUCUACGUACCCUGUACGAUGUGAAAGAUCACUUGAAUCCAGAGUUCUUAGUGGAAUAUUUCCCGGAAUUGACGGAUGCAGUAUGCAUUUUCGUAAAAAAUCUGCCGACUUCCGAAUUCUACACGUUGUCUCGAGAUUCGUUGCUGGAGGUUGUGCAAGUAAUGGAGCUGCUGCUAGUCAAGAUCGACCAUGAUGUCGGCUCAUCGUCGAAGGGAAGUCAGGUUGAAAAAUCUGAAAGCUUCACUUUACGUGAGAUUUGUGACCAGCGAGUACAGAUUCUUCGUCUUGAAAUAUCCAUGCGAUUUUUCCAGAGCAGCUCAUUGGAGAAACGUAUCUAUGGAUUAACGGAGAUCGUGGUGAUUAUUACCCGGUUGUACAACGACCAAAUCCAGGAACAGACAGAUCCUACGGCUGCAUCGCUCUUCGCUACGUUGAAUUAUCUGGUCGACUGGAUGCACGAAAAGCGGUUAAUGCAGGAGUUACUGGGCGAGAAGAUGCACGUCGAGUUAAUCAAGCGAUCAACGUCAUUGUUUCAGUUUGUAUCGGAGCUGGAGGUGUUGCCAACGGAGUGGAUUGACUUGGUAUGGAACUGCUACCAUGCAGAGACAGACGAGGAGGAAUCUCGUCCUGUUCAGAGACGCCAUGAAGCUCUUCGCUCGAAUAUCCACGAAUUGCUACUGGAAAUGGCGACAUUCAUGGAAUAUCCGUCGCUUAUCCAUCUAGUACGACGUAUCGAAGCUGUCAAAGCGAAGCUAGACUCGAAUCAGCUUGGACUCCUCGCAGCUAUCGCAGCUCGCAGAUUUGUUGUGGACGUGUCUUUGGAAGACCGUAAAACGUCGCUGCGACAGCGGAUUUUGAUGCAUUUAUGGUCUAAUGUGCUUCCGUUUGUGAAAUCCGAGGACUUUCGUGAUGAAGUUUUGCUUCGUAUGCAUGAAUUACUUCGGCUAGAAGCGACGAGUGAGGGUGACGACACUGUAGUGAAUCGCAAGUGUGCAAUGGUUGACGAGUUCCUUCGUUUGUGCUUGGAUAAUAUCCGUCGACGUGAAAACCUAGGGUUUUCUCUGAAACUUUUCACUCAAUUAUCUGCUCUGGUUGUCGAAGUUGGCAUUAUCAUGUCGGAUACGUGCAAGGCGUACGUUAGCAUCUUGCUGAACGAGGCAGUAGCCUACAAGGAAGGCGUUCGACAGAAAUUAAACUUGGUAGAUUUUCUCCAGAUGGAUGACGAUGAACGUGAAAAACUUCCGUUUAUGACAGAUCACGUAGGAGAGAUUAAAAAUCGAUUGCUGGCGCUACGAGCUGCGUGGAUUUUAGACGAAUAUGGCGGCAAGGAGUCCUCGUUCACGGAAGAUCAGUUGAAUAAAGUGUGGGAACUCAUGAUCAUUGACGCCUUUUUACUGGAUGAAGCUGCGCUUUGCUUCCAGUGGAUCGAGCUCUGCAUGAACACUCUACUGCCAAAAAAUCCAAAAAAAGAGAACGCAGAUUCUAGAGCUUUAAUGCCUAUCGGCAUCGCGGAAUAUCUGCUCACGACCAAGUUUCCCACUUUAUCCGGAGAUCACAUCACGCUGUCAACGUUGUGCUGUUUCCACAGCAUUUUCCGUCGAAUUAACAUUUUGAAAGGAGGUUUGGAAAUAUUUGCCACUUCAGAUGAAAUUUCGUCGCCUACUGGAAGAACAAGCAGCGAGAAAGAGGAAUCAGCGGAGCUUUUGACGGGCCAACCACUAGUGGGACUGGAUGAGUUAUGGCAACUCGCAGUCAGAGCUAAGGAUUCGACAGUAGCAGAGGAGGUUAUCACGUUAUUGGCGAGUUUCCACUUGGCUUUUGCGCCUGAAAUCCGACAAACUGAACUGCCAUUCCAGCGCAAAAUGCAGUUUCUCGAGAAAUGUAUGGAAUUUAUCGCAACAGCCAAGAGGGAAGCGGAACUUGUCGUUGGCUCCGAUAAAGAUAAUGACAAAUCCAGCGAAGUUGCUGCCAACGUGGCAGUUGUGAAUCGUUGUGUGGAUUUAUUGCGAUAUUUCCUAGAAGCCUGCAAGGUUGGAGACGACUCGGUAUCAAAAGAUGAAGAACUAAUACUUCAAAAACUAGAGAGUGACGCGACGAGCGAAGAUAACACGAAAGCAGGGAAGAUAUUUCCGUUGGAACAUCUAGAAGAACGUUUGCCGUAUUUGGAGACUUAUCCUUCCCCGUUGAAAGAUUCCCAUUCGGAAUCAGCUAAGGUUGGAUAUCCUACUGGCCGUCGACCCAGUUGGACGUUCCGACAGCAGCAUGCUCUCUUAGAUGUUAUUGUUGAUGCAAACGAAGAAAUUGAAGUAGAUGACGCUGUGAGUUCGGACAAUCUGCCGCCGAAGAUCGAUAUUCUACUAAAGACAGCUAGCCCUACGAAACCCAGCUCACGUUCGCCAUGUGUACGAGCGAAUCUGAGUUCGCCACAAGCCCCUUCUCCGCAGCGUGGGCCGGACUUAAAAGCCGAAGAUAUUGAUCAAGCGAUAACCGAUUUUACCAGCAAAAAUCCACGAGAAAAAUCGGCGAAAAUCAACACACCGUUCGGGAUUAUGAGCCAGAUUCUGGCAAACCAAGACUCGUAUUUUGACGUUUUGCUGGAUCUUGUCGAUUGGAAUGAGGCGACGUCGCAGAGGACGUGGGAUUUGCUAUGUCGUCUGCCGACCAACAACGGAUUACUGCGUAAAAUGAUCCGAUUGCGUCGCGCAGAGAACGAAGUAGCAGAUUGGUCGGAUUUGCUGGAUAGUUCAAAUAUCCAUCGACUGCUGUACGCGCUCCGAUUAGUGGAAGCUUUGCUGAUACCAAUUGAAUCCACGAGUAAUGGAGAGUUGAAUUCGGGGCGACGACAAUGGAGAGAGCGCUUUGUUCGUUUGGGAGGAGCGACGCAUUUGUACGAAACGUUGUUGAAGUGGCCAGAAAAGCAGAAUACCGAUCCAGACUCGGUUUCAUCCGAGUAUGCACAAAAUAUCCGUGCCACAUGCCUUGCUGCCGUCAUGCGGGUGCUAAACUACUUUUUCUACUGGAACCGACUGAAUACCGAGCAAAACAGUACAUCUUUGUUUGAUUUACGGUUGCAGAGCUCAACAUUUCCUGAAUUUGUCAAAGCGAUUAAGCUGUCGUCCAUGCUGCAAGUUGCAGUGCAGUUAACCGCUAAAUUCUGUCAAAAUUUCGACAAGAAGUCCACAUUUUCUGACGAAGUGGCUGAGACCGUGUAUUGCGGGGCGCAAAUGUGCAGCUCUCUCAUCCUCUUUGCACCGCAUCUCACGCUACAGGUGUUUAAACCGGACUCAGAGAAUGAAAAAUCCACUGAUAUAUUAGAUUCUCUCGCGAUGACGAUGCCUGAGUGGCUGAAAGCGCUGCUGGUCGACUGCCCGUCUAAACCGACACGAGGUCAAGUGCUUCUUACUCUCUCCGAGAUGGCAACCGCUUUUGGUGCUAUGGAUUCUCCUCCCACUCGAGACAUUUUCGAGCUCCUCGUGGUUUCGGCGUGUUGUCUUGCCUCGGAUAAUUGUCUUUGUGGGUCCUACAAUUUCUCGGUUUUGGAAGAGCUAUUUACUUUUUGUCGAGUACUUCUCGGAUGCUGUAGGAGAGCGCGAGAACAAAAUGCUACCGCUUUAGAGGGCUGUUGCGAUGCUGUAGCAGAGAUAAUUGUGCGAAAAGAAAUCCCUGGUCGCCUUGUAAAAAAUCUGUGUCGGAUUGUGACUGAGCGACAAGCUGCGACUUCAAGAAGUAUCCGAAGCCAAGAGGAGGAGAUUCUGGGUGGAUAUUUGCAACUUCUAGCAUUACUCGCUAGUAUCUCAGAGAAGAUUCGCACAGCGAUUCUUUCCUACGAUCUGGAGAAUUCUUUAGAGGGCUCGAACUCUCCAAAUUCGAGUGGACAGAUGAUCCACUUCAUUAAUAAAAAUCUGCUUUUUGGAGACAAGAUAUCCGAGAUCGACGGACCCAGUGCACCACUUUGCAGAACCAGUUUGGUACGCCAACUCGCUCAACGAUUGCUGCUGAACUUGGUGUUUCCUUGGACGAACGAGACUGGUGAUAAUGUGGCCCUGGCAGACGAUAUGUCGGCCUUGUUGGGUCAUCUGCGUGAGUUCCAAGCUCGUGUCCUAGAGACGAUGAACCUUGCUGGUAGGCAGUGGAAUUAUGCUCCAGCAAACUCGUUUUUGGAUGCAACCACUCCGCAUGUUGGCCUCGUAAAUCCAGGCUGCAUUUGCUACAUGAAUUCUCUCGUACAGCAGCUUUUCAUGAUGCCACAAUUCUUUGGAGGACUACUCUCGUUGGAUUUUUCACAUAUAAAAUCCGAUCGACCGUCGCCGUGGCAAGAGGAAGUUGAACAGCUUCAAAAACUGUUUGUCUCUCUUGCAUACACAAAUCGUCGCUCGUGCGACCCGGUAACCUUCGCUCGCUCACACAAAGAUAUGGACGGGAACUCGACGGAUCUGCAUAUUCAGAUGGAUGCAGACGAGUUUUUUAGUCUGCUUUUGGACCGGCUGGAGAUGUUUAUCCGUCCAAAAUCUGCGGAUUCUUCGGAAUCUAAAUCUGAAGAUUUCAUGGCUCAGUGCUUUGGAGGCAUUUUAGUGAACCAGAUUUUAACUCAGCAAGGAAAUCUGUCAGAGCGAGAAGAAAAGUUCUUCGCUUUGAGUGUGGAAGUAUCUAAAAAGCGACAUUUAGCAGAAUCCCUGGAAUUAUACGUACAAGGCGAGACUCUGGAGGGAGAGAACGCCUAUUUCUGCGAACGAGAGCAGCGGAAAGUGUCUGCUACCAAGCGAGUUUGCAUCAAAAAGCUCCCACAAACUUUGGUUUGCCAUUUGAAACGCUUUGAAUUUGACUACGAUACGAUGGAGAAGAUGAAGAUCAACGACUUUAUGGAGUUCCCCAUGGAAAUCGACAUGUUCCCAUACACCAGCGAAGCGUUAGCAGCUACCGAUAGUGGUACCACUACUGGAAAAUUCAUCAUGUACGACCUGGUUGGUGUGGUGGUGCAUUCUGGAACUUCAGACACCGGUCAUUACUACUCGUUUAUCAAGGACAGAUACGAGGCGGAAAAUCCGCGAUGGCUCGAGUUUAAUGACGAGAUUGUACGCGAUUUUGACGUGGAAACAAUGGGUGAAGAGUGUUUUGGAGGUGAGGAAGUGGGUCAGAAAUGGAAUGCAAUUCAAGGCACAUACUCUCCUAUCGUCCAUAUGAAGAGGAGAAGCGCCUAUAUGUUGAUCUACGAAAGACGAUCAGAGGAUUCCUCGACCGAACCAGAAAAAUCCAAGCUUUCGAGUCAAGUGGAGACACUUGCUACUCAGAUAAUGAAGGAGAACGCACGUUACGAAGGUGUAGUAAACGCUUUUGACCCCAGUUAUGAACAGUUUAUCUGCGACUUAAUGGAGAGUGUGAUUCGCACGGAAUGCACCCCUGACGUGGCCAGAAAAGCAUGCCAACUUGGAUGUCAAUAUCUGUUCGGAAUCUGUUCACUUCGUGCUUCAUCACCGACAUCCCAGAGUUCACCUGUAUCAAGUAUAAGCGCUCGUACUGCGCUGUGGUUGGCGGAGUAUGGCGAGAAUCCAAGCACUGACGAUGACGAUGAACGGGUGCAGUUGAGCAAGUGGAUUCUCGCAGAGAUUGUUGCUCCUCCCAACAAAUCACAGCCAAAAUCUUCAGCACUGGAAAGUCAACGUACGUGGCUAUUUGAUUUGUUAUUCCUCGCCGCUGAGGGCCAAGAGCUAGUAGAUAGUUGUUUCCAGGUCCUUUUGACUGCUGUCAGAGUCCUUGCGUGCGAAAUCGUCAAAAAUCCGACUACGGAACAAUCUCUUGUGGAUUUUUUUCGCGACUCACUGAAUCUAUUUUACUCUCGAGAAUCCCAUCUCGACGUGAGCGAUCCGGUCUCUGGUUGUGUCUUGACGCUGUCAAUGGACUCGAGAAUGGCUGCGGUGAAGCAGCUAGGCGCAUUUCUUGACAAUUGUAUCAGCGAAUCCACGAAAAAUCCAAUACCGACUUGUGCGAGUACUAUUCGACGUGUGUGUCUCGAAAAACUACAGUUUUUCAACCACUUCCUGCUCUCAUUGCAAACACCAUUUACACCUUCCGAUGUCAUUCCCAGUAGCUCUGUAUCGUCUAGAGGAAUUGCUCCAUUAGCUAUUGAGACGAGAUCCGCAACUCCAUUACGUGAGCAUGACCUUCGGGUUGGCAUAUUUUAUCUGGAGAUGAAGCUGCUUAGAAAAAUGCUGGAAGCGUAUGAAUCCGAAUCUUUGCCCAUGGAUACCACAUUGCUACUAAGCCACGUAGCGCUGAAGAAUAUGGUGCUGUUCGGUAUAGAAGAUAUUAUCCAGCCUAUACUGAUUCGGAUUAUCUUCGACAGCGAAUCUUCCAAAUGUGAUCGUCUAGUAUCUCUGCUAAUUGGCGUCUUGGAAGAAGUGAAAGAUACCUACGCGGAUAAAGCACUCGUUGUAUUUGGGAGACUUUUAGACGAGGAAGUAAAGAGAUCAAAGUCUAUUGAAGAAGAGACUAGCGACGCGUGGACAGUUCAUCGACGCGUCUUCUCUCCAACCAGGGGAAUUUUAGAGAGUGUGGCCUAUUAUCGAGAUCACGGUUCACGUAAGUACACACGUUUACUAUUGGAGUUUGUGGUUCAUCGUGCCAGUGCGUCCUCAGCACUUCAAGAAUUGUUCAAGAGGGAUCCAAAGUUCUGCAAAAGUGUGCGUUGGAUCCCUCAGUGGUUGGUAGAUCAUCUCGACUCUGACGGUAAAAUCCGAAAGAAAAUCCGUGAAAAUGUGGAAACCCAGAAACUUUUCAAGGAGAUUGAGACCGCUUUCGGAGUGACAAUUCCAGUAUAUUCCGAAGAUACCCACCAAGAGGAAGAGGUUACGCCGGUCUCCCCUCCAAUCUCCCCAUCCGCUAUUGCCGCCGAAGACGUCAUCUUGGAGGCACUGGAACUCAAGGAGAAUCAGUAUGAUAAACACGGCGAUUCUCGCUCGAUAAAGCGGUCGAUCGGAGGAAUCCGACAGCUUGGAUCGAGUAAAAUCGACGAAAUCCGACCAGAACAUGAAGCUACUGAAGCGGAUUCUUGGAAACUGCAGCGGUCACGUGAGGAUCUAUCGAAGCUGCUUCGGAUAGAUCUAGAUACUAUACACAACAACGCUCGAGAGGCUUAAAAGAGAGGGUAGUCGGUUUUAUUCUUAACAAGG